AUGUGGCACGUUCGGCUAGUCAUUUGUUCGGCUCUAAUAGCAUGUGCCUUAGCGGAAGCCAUCCACCGGCCCGGCGACAGAAGUGACUUCAAACGAUCCUUAGGAAAAAACUGUGAUAAAUCCUACAGCCUGACCUGCCUGAAGCUGGACAUCGUGGGCUGGGUGGACGGACUGAACGAAAAGGGCGACAUCAGUGUACUACCCGGAAUAUCGAUAGUGCGCGAAAACGUCAGCACCGCGCCUAACACAGCCGAGCUGGUCGCUGAAAUUGGCCGGGAAUUCCCCAACAACCCCGACGCGAGACUCGACGCGUUCGUACUAAAAAAAAUCCAAGGAUUCCUGGGCAGCCACUCCUUGAAGAUGAACUUCGGCGAGGCGGAGGAGGGCGACAACGCGGUCACAGGGCGUAAGAAGAAAGGCAAGGGAGGCGGAGGCAUGGGCAUGCUGUUCGCCUACGCGGCGAUGAUGAAGAGCACCAUGUUCGCUUUGGGGAUGGGGGCGGUCGCCGCCUUGGCUGGGAAAGCCCUGAUGACCAGUUUGAUAUCGCUCGUUCUCUCCGCCAUCAUCGGGCUCAAAUCGCUGACGAGCGGCGGCGAGAAGACCACUUACGAAGUCGUUUCGAAGCCGGUUUACACGCACUCCAAUUGGCAUCAGUCUUCGGCCAACUCUAAAUUAGUCAUAAUGUUCUCUCGGUCCAUUCUUUAUUUCGUGCUUGUAACCAGUGCCGUUGUAAAAGGAAAUGACUUUAAGCGAUCGUUAGGCAAAGAUUGCGGCAAGUCGUACUCAUUAACCUGCCUGAAAUUGGACAUCGUCGGAUGGGUUGACGGUUUAAACGAAAAGGGAGACAUCAAUGUCAUACCAGGAGUGUCGAUACUUCGUGAAAAUUACAACACAACAGCCAACACCGCGGACAUUAUCGCCGAUAUCGGAAGGGAGUUUCCCAACAACCCCGAUGCCAGAUUGGACGCUUUUCUCUUAAAAAAGGUACAAAGCUUCAUGGAGAGCCACUCGUUGAAGCUGAAUUUCGCCGAGGAAGUCGAAGACGAGAACGCCGUCACCGGUCGUAAGAAGAAGAAGGGAGGCGACGGCGGAAUGCAAAUGAUGCUGGCCUUCGCAGGAAUGAUGAAAAGCACUCUGUUCGCCAUCGGUUUGGGCGCCGUAGCAGCCCUAGCUGGUAAAGCUUUGAUGACUGGUAUGAUUUCUCUCCUAUUGUCUGGUAUCAUCGGUCUCAAGUCUCUGACGAGCGGAGGGCAUUCCAGCCACGAGGUGGUCCACGCAGGAGUGCAGGAUGAUCAUCACGGGGGAUGGGGCAGGAGUUACGAGAAGCCUUUACCUCUGGGAUUGAGGCCUGAAUACAAACCGGCUUAA